AUGGCCUCCAAGCGACCAUACCGCCUUUACGUGUACAAGAAGAACGAGCAACCGACGGGACAGGGCUGGGAGUGGUGGGGCAAGCACAAGUUCGAGACGGCGACGGAGGCCGACGCGAAGAUGGACGUCUUCGAUUUCGUCGUCCUCGUGGAGAAACAGAAGCGGGCUAAGGGCGACCCUGGCCGCAAGAUCAUCCUCGAUUGGCGCUGCAUGGAGAAGCCCCUCGUCGACCGCUUCCAGUCGGCCGUCGUCUUCAAGUUCAGACGCGAAUGA